AUGGGUGUUGAUAUCAAGAAGCACCACGUCAAGACGGGACGCCGCUCGGCGCCCAAGAGCGAGGACCCCUACCUUCUCUUGCUUGUGAAGCUUUACCGCUUCUUGGCGCGCCGCACCGACUCGCGCUUUAACAAGGUCAUUCUUCGCCGCCUGUUUAUGUCGAAGAUCAACCGCCCGCCCGUGUCUGUGUCGCGCAUCAUUUAUCUCUCUCGUAACCAGGGUGGUGUGCCCAAGGAUAGCGAGAGCCCCAAGACGGUCGUUGUUGUCGCCACCAUUACUGACGACAACCGUCUCCUCGAUGUUCCCAAGCUGAGCGUCGCUGCGCUCCGCUUCACUCACUCUGCACGUGCGCGCAUUGAGGCUGCGGGUGGCGAAGCGAUUACGCUCGAUCAGCUCGCCAUGCGUGCUCCUACCGGCAGCAACACCAUCCUUCUCCGCGGCCCGAAGAACGCGCGCGAGGCCGUGAGGCACUUUGGUAUGGGCCCGCACAAGCACAAGAAGCCCUAUGUGCGUGCCAAGGGUCCCAAGUUCGAGAAAGCGCGUGGCCGCAGAAAGUCGCGUGCUUUCCACGUCUAA